AUGGCGAUUCAUCCCUCCGAACUAGCUAUAGUUCAGCGUAAGGCUGUUCCCAAAGGUACACCAGAUUACGAAAAGAAACGAGCAUCAAUCCUCGAAGCUUUUGCGGCAAAAGUGCCUCCUGAACUACGCCUAUCUCCAAAAAUUACUGCCGAUCCACCAAAGAAUGUGUCUGAAAUACCAAUCACCUGCGGCAUACUUACACCCGCCGAGAUCAACAUCACCGAAAAGUACGAUGCAGUAGGCCUUGCUGAAGCCAUCGCCGCACGCAAGUUGUCAGCAGUCGAAGUAGCCAUCGCAUUUUCAAAACGUGCUAUUAUCGCACACCAAAUGACAUGCUGCUUGACUCAAUGGUUUAUGGAUGAUGCGAUCAAGAGGGCACAAGAGCUGGACCAUUAUCUAGAAAAGAACGGAAAAACAAUCGGCCCACUUCAUGGAGUUCCUAUCAGCAUCAAGGAACAUAUGCCCAUUGCUGGAACCUACUCAUCCCAAGGCUCCUUGGCGAGUACCGUCUUGGACGAGAAAGAUUGCCUGUUGGUGUCAAUGCUAAGAAGUAUGGGCGCGGUAUUCUACUGCAAGACCAACCAGCCUCAAACAAUCAUGCAUCUGGAAACGACAUCUCAUUACGGCCGAUCGCUGUGCCCUUUCAACAUUGAUCUCAGCGCAGGCGGCUCAUCUGGUGGCGAGGCUGCACUUGUUGCAAUGAAAGGCUCAGUUCUUGGUGUAGGCACGGACAUUGGCGGCAGUAUUAGAGGCCCUGCUGCUUUCUGCGGCAUAUAUGGUUACAAGUCGACAUCUUACAUGUUGCCGAUGAAAGAUUUCCUCGGACAUGCAUUUUCUGCAGAACUCAAUAUUUUGUGUAGGCAAGUGCGCCUCACUGGUCCGUUUUGUCGGAGCUUGCGAGACAUGGACCUUUUCAUGACGACUGUUUUGGGCCAGAAACCGUACUUGAUGGAUCCCAAGGUAGUGCCACUUCCUUGGACGGGACUAACGACUAAGACGAGGAAACCAUUGAGAAUCGGUGUCAUCGAGAACGACGGCUUCGUUGAUCCUCAGCCACCAGUAAAGCGCGCUCUAACAUGGGCUCGUGAGCGUCUCUCCGACCCUCAACAUUCGGAUAUUGUCCAAGUGAAGCCGUUCAAGCCGUAUAAGGCACAAGAAGCAUGGAAACAGAUCCGACGUAUGUACUGGCCAGGUGGCGGCAAACUAGCCAAAGAGGAUAUUAUGUCAACAGGCGAGCCAGUCCUACCACUGAGCGACUGGAUAUGGAAAGACGCCGAACCUCACGGUAUGCUGCAUGCGGAAGAGGUCAACGAGCUACGUGCCGCUCGCGACAAGUUCCGUUAUGAGUUUGCCGACAGCUGGAACGAGCAAGAAGUCGACAUUGUCAUCGGCCCUGCGUUUGUUGGGCCUGCCUCUGCGCAUGACACAGCGUUCUACUGGACAUAUACAAGCUUGUACAACUUUGUCGAUUACCCUGGGGUUGUUGUGCCCACGCCAAUCAAAGCUAAGAACAAGGAGAAUUAUGCCGCGGACUACAAACCAUUAAGCGAUGAGUGCAGGCAUACCAGAGAGCUGUGGGAGAGAUCAGAUUUUGAGGGGGCGCCAAUCAAUCUCCAGGUCAACGCCAGAAGGUACCACGACAACGACUUGUUUGGGGCACUGGCGGUCUUGAAGGAUAUCUUAGAUCUUCCUUAG